AUGGAUCUUGCAAAGAAUACGAAGCAUCGGUAUCCUUGGGAAACUGUUUAUUUCAAUCAUGAAGAUGUGAUGAACCGGCUUACGGUCCUGAGAGGGAAGUGGCGCGGGCUAAACUUAUGCAUUUUAUAUCGAUAUAUAUUCAUCAGGAGCUAUAGAAAUGGAUUCGUUUGGAAUGACUUAGCAGAGAACGAUGUGAUUUACCCUUCGGACUGUGCUGAGUAUGUCUUGAAAGGAUCUGAAAUCACCGACAAAUUUCAAGAAGUACAUGUGAACCGACCAUUGUCUGGUUCUAUUGAAGAAACUCCAAAAAGUCGACUUCUCAGGUCAAAACUCAAACCUCAAAACAGAACGACGUCGUUUGAUGACUCAGAGCUCUACGUCGAAGAAGACGGAGAGUACGAACUUUACGAAGAGAAAACGAGUUAUACAUCUUCCACGACGCCGAAAUCUCGCUGUUCUCGAGGCUUAUCGACGGAGACAAUCGAAUCCACCGAACAAAAACCGAUCUUGGUCAAGAAAGAACAAGAUUUGCAAGUACGUUCUCACUUGUCCGAGUUGACUCGUUCCAACCCGGUGGUGAAGCCUUGUCGACUCGACGUUUCGACGCGGGUCGAGGACGGAGAUCCGGUGGAACCCGGAUCGGGUCGUGGGUCGAUGUGGCUCCAGAUGAUAUCGUGCGGGCACAUCGCCGCCACCAAGUACUGCGCACCGAGCGUGAUGAAUCCGAGACAAAAAGAAGAGAAUCUUCGAAAAGGAGUUUUAUGCAAGAACAUUGUGAAGAAGACUGUCGUCGAUGACGAACGUGAGAUGAUAAGGUUCAUGUCGGAGAAUCCAAGGUUCGGGAAUCCUCAGGCGGAGGAGAAAGAGUAUUUCAGCGGAAGCAUCGUCGAGUCGGUGAGUCAAGAACGAGUCACGGCUGAACCAUCGUUGAGACGAUCCAACUCGUUCAACGAGGAACGAUCAAAGAUUAUGGAGAUGGCUAAGGAGACGAUCAAGAAGGAAGAAGAAAGAUCGAUCGUGAAGGUGAAAUGUAUACCGAGAACGUGUUUAAUGUCAUCAUCGAAGCAAAUCAAGAAAUAAAAAAGAGUCUAAUACUAUAGAGUAACGAAUGAUUAUGGACUAGUAUUUUUACUGCUACAGACAGAAGCAGUAAAUAAAUGGUAAUGAAUUUUAACGACUGCAUGUUGUUGUUUUACUAUGGGGAAUAUAUUUCCUCCACUUUAAUUGACCAGUUGUUUAAAGAGAAGUGGAAAUGGCAAAAUCCGUAUUAUUCGAGUUGCAAAACCGUAAA